CCAAUCAGAGCUCGCGGUCCGGCAGCUGAGGCUCCUGAUUGGCUGCCGGACCGCAAGCUUUGAUUGGCUUGCGGACCGGCGCCUAGUUGGAGCUACACACCGCCGCGGCCGCCGGAGACUGAGGGUUAGGAGUUGCGCACGCUGCGCUCUCUUCCCCGCGCUCAACUAAAGAGCAGCACCAGCAGCCUCAGCCUCCCCGUCCUUCACAACAACAGACGCGUGAUUCUUUGUACCAUAUGGCAUGAGACGCCCAGCGCGAGUGAGACACUCCAGUAAGGAACGAUUAUUAUGUGACGAUUGACUGCAAUCAUGGAGUGUUUGGGUGACCAGCAGGGCAGAAGUAUUACUGCUAGAACCCUGGCCAGAUGCUGCUCCUGGGGAACAUUACAGAGGAGGCUGCCCUUUCUGUGCUGGUUGCCACAGUAUUCCCUUCAAUGGAUGCAGCUUGAUCUUAUCGCUGGAUUUACUGUUGGACUGACAGUGGUACCCCAGGCUCUUGCUUAUGCAGAGGUGGCUGGACUGCCUGUGGAGUUUGGACUUUACUCGUCAUUUGUUGGCUGCUUUAUUUAUUUCCUACUUGGGACAUCUAAAGAUGUAACAUUAGGUCCAACUGCCAUCAUGUCCCUACUUGUGUCUGUCUACACCUCUGGGAAUGUGUCGCUGGCCAUCCUUCUGGCCUUCCUGUCUGGAUGCAUUCAACUGGCCAUGGGGCUCUUACAGCUUGGUUUCCUUUUGGAUUUUAUUUCCUAUCCUGUCAUCAAAGCCUUUACAUCGGCUGCAGCGGUCACAAUUGGAUUUAGCCAGGUUAAGAAUCUACUGGGGUUAAAGGAUAUACCACGCCAGUUCAUCUUACAAGUCUAUGAAACGUUCCACAAGCUUCCAACAACCAGGCUUGGAGAUGCCGUUCUUGGAUUUAUUUGUAUUGCCUUUCUCUUUGUGAUGAAAAUUAUGAAGGAUAACUUUCCCAAAAUGUAUAGAGGAAUGCCAAGAUGUUAUCGUAUCUGUUACAUCAUUGUCUGGGUAUCUACAACAGCUCGGAAUGCUAUUGUGGUGGUUGCUGCAGGUUUUGUGGCCUACUCCUUCCAUGUAAUGGGUUUACAUCCAUUCAUACUCACUGGAAAGACUGCAGAGGGCCUCCCUCGCUUCCAGCUGCCCCCCUUCUCAGAGACGCUGGGCAAUCGCACUGUCCCUUUCAGGGAGAUGGUGCAGAGCAUUGGUCCCGGGAUGUUUGUCAUUCCAAUGAUGGGCUUAUUGGAGAGCGUUGCCAUUGCUCGAGCUUUUGCAUCUCAGAAUAACUACAGAAUAAACACCAACCAGGAGCUGUUGGCAAUAGGUCUCACUAACUUUCUGGGCUCCUUCCUGUCCUCUUAUCCUGUAACAGGAAGCUUUGGGAGGACAGCGCUUAACUCCCAGACAGGAGUGUGUACCCCUGCAGGUGGUGUUCUCACAGGAAUGCUGGUACUACUGUCACUUGGAUACCUCACUUCUCUCUUUUUUUACAUUCCCAAAGCAGCCCUUGCUGCAGUCAUCAUCUGUGCUGUGGCCCCCAUGUUUGAUUUGGGAAUCUGCAAGGUGCUAUGGAAGGUGAAAAGGAUUGAUUUAUUUCCAUUUUUGGCCACCUUCCUGCUGUCAUUCUGGGAAAUUCAGUAUGGGAUCCUUGCCGGUAUACUAGUCUCGCUGGUCAUUCUUUGUUUUCCUAUUGCACGACCAGACAUCAGGGUCACAGACUCAAAUGACUUAACACUGGUGGUUAUGAGCGGUUUGAGUUUCCCAGCCAUCGAAUAUCUUAGGGAUACUAUUUACAAAAAAGCUUUUACAGUUUCUCCACCACGGUCUGUAAUCCUGGAUUUUUCAUAUGUGAAUGUAUUGGAUUAUACAGUAGUGGUGGGACUUAGAGAGCUACUGCAUGAGUUCCAGUCCCAGGGACUGUCUCUGUUGUUCUUAGGAUUGCAGCCUGAUCAUCUCCGGAUUUUAUUGGCAGCUGAUUUAAAAGGAUUUCAGCGAAUCCAGAGAGUCGUAACAGCAGGGGAUCAGUAUGAAGAAGAAAGCAGGCAACCAUUGCUCCAAAAUGCCUCUAAAGACCUAUCUAGACCUGAAGAGCUAGAACACUAAGCUUGGAGAAGUACUGAAGAGGAAGUAUAACAUAUACAGGAAUCUUGAAAAAUGUCUGCUGCUAUGGACUCUACAUUCUACAUCACUUGCAGUGAUGACGACGACAUCCCCUAAGGUUCUGUGUCUACAUAACAAUGUGCAAACAAAAAGUCAGACAGCUAAAUGACCCAACCACCAAGGGAAGGAGGAACGCAUAUGCAUUGCUUAUUGUGAUUACAUCAUGGGAAAUUUUGUCAAAACAGGAAAACACAAGAUGAUUAUGGCGUAAAGACUACAUUUGUUUUGUAAAUAUUUUUUCGUUCAUGCAUAUUGCAUCAGAGCUUUGUGUAUAUUUGUACUGGAUUUUUUACUUUUUACAAUAUCUGUAAACUUGAGGAUACUCUUGGCUAUUGAUGAUCUAAUGUAAUAACAUUAACUUUUUUUUUUUUUUAAACUAAAACAAUAGAAUAAAUGUCCAUCCCAGGGCUUGGUAAUGGUUCCGUCGUAUACCUGCCUCUUCAGUCCAUAUGGUGCAGCUGACAUUACCAAAAGUGGAGGUAAUAUUCCAGAAUUAGUGAUCUAAAAAUAAUCUGUAUCACUAAUUAUUAGUGAUUUAUAUGUCCGUUUACUAGUUACCAAAGGCAAAUCAAUAAUUUUUCAUUGCAAAAUCGGUGCAAUUACCAAAUUAACAGUGUUAACCAGGGACAGACUGGGGGUCUGAAGCAUCAUGUGCAAGGCUUCUUUGCCAGAUCGGCCAAUCAGGCCCUUCUGUCAUUUGACAGAAGUGUCAGAUGGCCAGUCCAGCCCCGGUGUUAACUAUAUAGAAUGGGGGAGUUUAUGAAAGAUUGAUUUAGUAAAUCAUUGUGGAAAUCUCUGAAAUGUUUGCACGUGUUUUCAGACAUGAGUGUUUCAGAAACAGAGAGAUAAAGAAAUAAGUAAAAUUGAUUUCAAUGAUGGUUCCAUCAUCUACACUACACUUUAUAAGAGACAACUAUCUAUAAUGACGUAUUGGCAGAUAUUUUAAUGUUCAAUAAAUGUCACAUGCAAAUCUG